AUGGGUCAAACAGGAAGUAUACCAGAACCUCAACCAAAUGAAGCAAUUAAUAAACAAACUUCACAUAAUCAUUCUAACCAUGAUAAAAUUUCAAAUGAUAUAAUGAAGAAAAAUUUUUCAAGUUUGGAAACUUACUCUUUAGAGAGUACUUUUGACAAUUUGUCAUGUCUAAAAGAUGAUAAACAAAAAUAUUUGGGAUUUCCAGAGGGAGCAAAAAUCGGUUCAUUAUUAUAUCGUUCAUUUACAUAUUUAGCCACUUAUCCAUCACCAGUACAUGGAGAGAACCUUUUGACACUCAAUGGACUUUUAAAGGCUGUCGCAGUAUACUGUGAUAAGAUUCAUGACGUUAUAUUAGAAGACCGUGCCAAACUCAUCUUCGAAUCUUUUGCUAUGCAUGAAGAACACUCAGCCUCCGGAAUAACACCUAAAGCAGGAUUUUCCUACGGUCCUGAAAACUCAUCUCAUGAUACUAACGAUGGCGAGGAGGGCAAACCAAAAUUAAAGAUUAGUUCUAUUAACCUCGAUGAUGACGCCGCAUUUUUAAGAGCCCUCGGUUUUCAACAAAGUGAUGAUGAUAAAACUCAUCUUGUCUCCAAAAUAUUAUGUACCGAUAUGGUAGAAAUCUUGGCAGGAAUAAUUUGGAUCAUGACGAUUUCUAAUUCUUUAAGUUCGUACAAAUCAAAGGAAUUCGAAUCUUUAAAAAGCAUUAAACAACUUCAUGAAAUUGUAACUCCUGUCGUUGAAAAUAUGGCAAGAUAUGAUUCAAACCUUCGCAAUCUUUCUCGUUCACAGAUCUUUUCCUCUUCAACUUUUAUAAAAUGGACAAUAUUUGAUGAUUUUAUGCGACGGAAUAUUCCAAAUAUUUUUAGAGAUUUCAUCCCAUUCUUUUAUGGGCAAUUCUUGAUUGGGUUGACAUUAUCGCAACACCGUGAAGAAUCUAUAAUAAUGGGUCCUCAUUUGCCAAAGUUGGAUGGAAAGUCUGAAAAUUUGAAUCCUGCUAAUUUGGCUUUAUUGAGUUUGAUGUUACCAGAAGAAACUUUAAAAAAAAAAGAAUGGAAUUGCUUAUAUUCGGGAAGUAAACAUGGAUUUAGCAUGAACCGAUUUAGCAGUCACGUCUUUAAAUAUAAUGGACCUACACUUAUGAUAAUCCAUGCCGAGGUGACAUCAAAUUAUAAUUGUAAUUAUCAUCAUACGAGAGUUUCCAAGAAGGAAAAUCUAUUGAUCGGUGCUUACAUAACAGAUAAAUGGCGUUCUACAACCUCAACGCGGUCGUGUUUCGGUUCUGCAAAAUGUCUUUUGUUUGAAUUACAUCCUACAUUUGAAUCAUUUCCCGCAUCUCAACGUAACACGAAUUACGUCUAUUAUAAUCCUACAUUUGGAAUAGGAUUUGGCGGUAUCGAUACGCCAAAAUCAACAAGUAAUAUUGGAUCAAAGGAUACUAAUUCAUUUGUUAUUCAAUUGGACAACACUUUGCAACAUGGAAGGUAUAGAAAUGAUGCUCUUAAAAGUAUGGAUACAACUUACAGUCUAAGUGCUUCGAGAACGUUCUUUGAUAAGAGUUUUGAAGUGUUGGAAAUUGAAGUGUUUGGAUUGGGCGGCGAAGGAGCUAGAGAGAAACAAAAGAGAGAAUGGAUGUGGGAAGAACAGGAAGCUACAAAACGUCAGUCAUGGAAGAAACAUAAUUCAAGCGAAAUUGAUAAAGAUAUUCUAAAGAUGGCGGGAGUUUUAAAUGAAAAUACAAAGGAACCAUAA